AUGACAACAUUUUUAACUGUUCUUAGGAUUGCUCAACCGACUAAUGCUGAGGCCAGUAUCUUUUACGUGGUUAAUUCUGAAACUGGUACUUCAUAUACGGUUAAUGCAGAAGUCAGUAUCCUUUAUACAGUUAUGAUUGAUCAAGUAGCAAAUAUUGAAAGUAGCACUUCCUAUGCGUUUACUGCUGAAGCCAUUACCUCUGAUGCAACUAACACCCUCUGCAAAAAUGCAGUUUACGAUGAAGCAACUACUGAGAAGGUUAACAGUAUAGGUGAGAUGCAACACGAUUUUUCCUUACUAAAACUUGGUUAUACGUUCCCUUUAUGGGAUGACGUUAAAGCUUUUUUUAAAACUUAUGAUAUUGAUCUUUUGGAUGUGAGUUUAGAGGAAAAUAUGUAUCUAAGAAGAAUAUCAACAUUAAUGCUCACCGCAACCGACAAUAAAACGUCAAUUGGAGACGAAGCAUUGAACGAUAUUGAGUUUUAUACAAAAAAUGGAAAUCUUUCAAUUACUAUACAGUGUCAAUUACUAAGAGCAAAGUACCCUGAUGCAACUUUCUUAGAUAUGGAUCUUACUAACGCUAUUCAAUAUUAUAAAGUUAAGUCUAAAGAUCUUAAAAAUGAUGCUUCACAGCUUUUAUUAUAUCUUACUGAGAAGCGUUCAGAAGAGUCAGGUUGGAGUGUUGAAUUCGAUGAAAUAUUGCCUGCUGUUGACCAUAUAUUCUUAGAAUACUUGACCCUACAAAUUCUUUCUAUUGAGCGUAUUGAAAUGGCACAGUGUUUAUACUUCGAUACGACAUUAGUUGACUUAACAGUAAUUAGAUUAGAUAACGAGAAUGAGAAUAUAAGUGAUGAUUUACAGAAAAUCAAGAAAAAAGAAAUUGAUCAGGAAAAUGUGAUUUUUGCAAAUUCAGAUGCUAGUGAAGCUCAACAAGGUCAAAAAACACCUUUGAUUUCUAAACCUUUUACAGUUUCCUGUUCAAUAGCAAUAAGCAACCGAAGUGCAGCAGCCAGGCAUUCUAAAUUUGGUGAAAUUUGGGGUCUUGCACAGCAAGCUGUACAAUUGGCUGUAGAAUGUGAUGAUAAUGAUAUGAAACUAUGGUUGAAAUGCUUUAUUAAUCAAAAGAAGUAUCUUUUAAUACAAAAUGAAGAGCCUAAAAACAGUGAUAAUAGCAAAAACAGCGAAAAGGAAAAUAAUUCUGCAAUCAAAAAUCCAGCGAUUACUAAGCAUAGGGGCAGGCCUGCGACCAAAAGGUUCAAGGCUGCAACAGAAAAGCCUCGUCGUCAGCCGUAUACAUAUCGAAACUGUGGUAAGACUAGGCACAAUAGUGCGAAAUGUCAAAAGAAAGUUGGUUAA